AUGAAUAUUCUCAGAUCAGCCGCCCACUACCAGAAGACUGUCCAAAGGAAACUAUUUGGCAGAGAGAUCAAGGAUGGAGAUCUAUCGGCGGAAAUCGUUCUAAACGAUAUCAGAGAGAUUGAUGUUGUUGCAGAGAGGAUACACAAAGUGAGAUUGCGAACUACCAAGCUACUCUGGCCACUGCGCAAGGGAAAACGAUCAUGGCCUUUACUGUUGCUACGGUUCUUUUUACCCUACAUUCAUAUUCGAACUCGCCGGAUACUUACGAUGAAUGACCAAGUCUUUGUGUCUAUCGCAGUUUCUCUAGUCCUUGCAUUCGUUGCUUUCUACCGGCACAGAAUUACAAAGCAGCUAUCAAGAAUCUUCCAAGUGGCUGUUCUUCAGAAAGCCUCGAAGGACGAUGAUUUUGCCAAGACUGAGACGACAGGAGCCAAGGCUGAGAAGAUAGAAGAUUCUACGCCGCCCGUCGAGCCCCCGGCGGCUAAGGGUGAGGGUAUGUACCAUCGUUUAAGGGGUCAUGGCAAAGCAGAGCAGGAUUCUCAUGUGUAG